GACUAACUUCACUAGAUGGCCACAGGAUAUGGUACGAGGACACAAGGGGUAUAGUACCAAUAACAUAUGAUGGUGUACCCUUUGUGUCCAUCCAAAGUGAGGUACGACAGUGCCAUCAAGGACGUGGCAGAAAUAUAAAACCAAAAGAGAAUAAAAAUGAUCACUUUUAUGAGACUGGAAGGAAACAAAUACAAAAUACAAAAAAAGUUGACUGUGAAAUGAAAAUAAGAAUGAGGAUGGUUGUAAGAUUUCCAGACUAUAAGAUUGAGGGUCAAGGAUCCGAGUGGAGGAGGAGAAUGAUGGCCAAACGCCUAAAAGAUAACUUUUCUCCCCAUGUUCGUCAAGAAUUUCAGGUACACUUAAGAGUUCAGGGAGCUCACGAGGGACAUCUGGUUGGAGAGUUGUCUGGAUAUGGUUUGCCAUUACACAAAGACGUAAAGCAACAGAUCUCUGAUUUAGUUGAUGAUGGCAUUACCAAUGCAGGAGAAAUUGAGAGACAUUUGGCGCUCAACACAGCUUCUGAUGUGCCACUUACCAACCGACGUUUUCGUCCAAAUGUAGGAGAUAUCCGCAAUCAUGUUUCUCUUGCUUUGAGACGAAAAUGCUUCAGCCAAGAUGAUCAGCAAAAUCUUGUGGCUGAAAUUAACAAGUGGCAAGAAGACCUCCCAGACAACCAAUUCUUCUUCCGUCCAAGUUGUGAUAAUGGUGAAGAGGGGGAACAGUCAUUCCUUUUUGUUCAUCAGACAAAAUUUCAACAGGAUUUGUUAGUAAGGUAUGGGGCAGAAAUGGUAGUAAUUGAUAGUACUUAUCGAACUACCAAGUAUGACAUACCAUUGUUUAUUCUCUGUGUGUCAACAAAUUCAGGAUAUUCACCUGUUGGACAGUUUCUUGUACUGAAAGAAACAACACAAUCCAUCGCAGAAGCUUUACAGAUACUCCAAAAAUGGAACACAAAAUGGUCACCAAAGUCAUUUAUGUGUGACUUCGAUAAAGCAGAAAUAUCUGCUUUGGAAACUGUCUUUGCAGGUGUAGAUGUCUUUGUUUGCAAUUUCCAUCGUGAACAGUCCUGGCAAAGAUGGCUUAAUAGAUCAGAAAAUGGUGCAGCCGAACAUAGACAAUCCAUCUUAAAGCAACUACAUAAGAUAGCACAUGCCAGUUCUGAAGAAGAGUAUGAAACUGAAGUUCAGCAUUUGAAAUCUUCUGACUUCUUUAAGCAGUCUUCAGCCUUCAGAAACUAUAUUGAAAAACAGUGGCUUCAAGAAAGAAAGCGUUGGGUUAACUGUUUUAGAAGUGGCACCACCAAUAUUCAAGUGACCACCACAAACGGAGUGGAAGCUCUUUUUUUAUGCAGCCAGCUAUACAGUCCGACCCCCUUCCCUGUUCUGUGCCUUAAAAUAUUUUUUAACUUUUCCAGGUACAUUCGGAACCAAGUAGUCAGUUUGCCAUUUUUCAAAAAGUACUCGAAGGAUGUACCAACGUUCCUUGUUGGCAAACCGAAAAGGUUUGUUCUGCAUUGUUUAAAGAGGUUACCCUCACCAAAAUUAAUAGAGGAUGUUGAAAAAGUUGGAGACAGUUUCGUAAUUAAAUCCUCUUCAGGUGAAAUUAAUGUUAAUUUCACCAAUCAUCUUCCAUCUUGUACCUGUGAAGAUUGGAAGAAAAGUCAUUGGCCGUGCAAACAUUUGUUAGCCAUUUUUGAAAAAUAUCCAGAAUACAACUGGCAGUCAUUGUCUACGGAAUAUAGAGCAUUGCCCUGGUUUAAUGCAGAUGAAACAGUGUUCGAAAUAGAUCAAGACCAACAAAAAACACCAGUAAGCAAUUGCAGCAUAGCUGAAAAAGACUGCAUAACUCAACAAGAAUCUAGCGACAGAAAAGAUGAACAACAAAAUAGAACAAAUGACUCUUCCACUAAUGAAUAUGAAAAGAAGAAUAAUUUAAGAAAGCUAAGAUAUUCUUGUUUGUCAAUAUUAAAGUCUAUUGAGAGCAAUUUGUACUGUGUGAAUGAAGAGGAAACAAUGAGAGAUUUUAACCAAGUACUAAAGGAAACAGAGGAACUUUUGUCUAAAAAAAUUCCAAAAGUUAGGGGUUUGCCUCUACGUAGUAAAAAAGUUAAACGCAGAAACUCUCUGUUAAAAAGAUUUUGUCCAAAGAAGAAGAAACCAGUGGCUAAAAAGAACAGUAGUGUACAGAAAAAAGAAAAGAUUGGGGAUGAGAUUUUGGAUUUGGACAAGAGAUCAGAAGCACUGAUUCCCCAGUUCACAGAAUGGAAUUUUACAGAAGAAGAUGAACAAGUUUCAGAAUUGUUCAUUUUUUUGUCUUAUUUGACAGAAGUGGACAGGAUAUGGAUGGGAAGAUCUUCAGGAAACGUGGUUGGAAAUAUUGGGCCAUAUACAUUGACUGAAAGGUCUUUUGAAUUUAUCAAAAGCACUCUUUCUGAUGAGGUUAUAGAUGCUUUCCUGCAUGAAUUAGUCAGACAAAAAGACAACAUUCUGCACAUUAAUUGUAUCACUAUGACAGGAAUUUUUAAUGGGCAGAGCCACAUACAUGGACUACUUAGCAGGCACAACCUGAUGAAGUUUGACUUCAUAAUAGGUGCACAUAACGAAGGAGGAAAUCACUGGACUUUGUUGAUAAUAAAACCACAUUGCAGUGAAAUUGUUUACUGCAAUCCUCUUGGAACACUGUUCCACUUGGAACAGCAGUUACAGUUCAACUGGUAGUAAGUGCAGUUAUCAUUUGUUAUGAUGUUCGGGCACUGAUUGUUUCUGUUCGUCAUUUCUCUAGUUAUAUAUUAUUUGGACCAUAUUUAGCUCGACUAUACGAAGUAUAUGGAGAGCUGUUACUUAUUUAUUUCUUAAGGGAUCAACUUCAUACUUCAAAUGUAUGUUCCUUAUAAUCAACCACAU